GUGCUGUGAAUAGCUGACACUCCCAGCUUGUGGUCACCUUCAACAUUCAUACAACCGGUUUUUUUUCUGUUAAAACAUCCGAGACCCUUUCUUUGAAACGGGUUUAGGAUUAAGCUUGUGGAAGCCUGAGGGAGUGUUCCCCCUCCCUCCCUGGGUUUAUGGUUCCUAUUCAGAGUACACUGUAGCAGGCGCAGUCUGAGAGGUGAAGUUCCAGUUCCGCCUGGUCGCCGCUGGCUGGCUCUCGGAGCGUCCAGGGCAUAAAUGGGAGUCUUUUACUCAGAGCCAAUUUGCCAAGCUGCUUAUGAAAACAACUUUGAAGAGCUGAGGAAGCUGCUGCAGGAAAACAGAGAUGUGAAUACACAAGAUGACUGUUGUGGAGAUACUCCCCUCAUCGCUGCAUGUCGAGCUGGCCGUGUUGAAAUGGUGCAGUAUCUUUUAAGAAAAGCAGCCAAUGUCAAUAUCAAAAACAAGGAACGAACAUGUUUACAUUAUGCUGUCAAGAGGAAGUUCUCCUUUCUGGAUUAUUUGCUGAUCAUUAUCUUGAUGCCUGUCCUGCUUUUGGGCUACAUUAUAAUGGAAUCAAAGAAGAGUCGGAAUGAAGCAUUGAUCAAGAUGUUGUUGAAUGCUAAAGUGGAUAUAAAUGCAACUGAUAAUAAAGGUAAUUCAGCGCUUCAUUAUGCCUGUCAAAUGAAGAGUAAAAGGAUUGUAUCUAUUCUUGCUCGAGCAAAUGCAGAUACAUCUAUUGCUAAUAAGAAUGGUGAAACACCUCUGGAUAUUGCCACACGCCUAAAGUUUCCACAGAUUGUUGCUAUGCUACAGAAGGAAUCAUAAUGUUCUGGAAUUGAUGUAUGCUUAUUUGUAUGUUGCAAAUAAAUGAUGCUUUAAUAUA